CACAAUUAUUUAUCAGAACAGAAGCAACAAUAAUGUCAUAGGUAAAGCAGUUUCAACGAUGCAUUUCGCCGACUUCCUUGCAGGAUCAGUGGGAGGAGCGUGUGGCGUUGCGGUCGGAUAUCCACUGGACACGGUCAAAGUCCGGAUCCAGACUCAGAAACAGUUCACGGGAAUCUGGCAGUGCAUCGUAAUGACCGUCAAGAAAGAAGGGGUCCAGGGCUUCUUUAAGGGAAUGGCUUUGCCCGUCACCACUAUAUCCAUGACCUCGUCCGUGGUGUUCGGCACGUACCGGAACUGUCUCCAGUGUCUCGCUCGGCUCCGCGGGACCGGCGCGCACAACUCCAAACUGGACAUCUUCCUGUCCGGCCUGGCGGGCGGUGUGGCUCAGAUCUCUGUAAUGUCACCGGGCGACCUGGUGAAAGUCCGUCUGCAGUGUCAGACCGAGAGCCGGCGCGGUGGAUUGAGUCACGGGAAGCCCCGAUACCGCGGGCCGGUCCACUGUUUGCUGAGCAUCGCUAAACACGAGGGCGUUUCGGGGCUUUACCGAGGAGCGCUUCCUCUGGCCUUCAGAGACGGGCCUUCGUUCGCCACAUACUUCCUGACCUACAACACACUGUGUUCCCGACUCACGCCAGCGGGACAGACGGAGCCCGAGUGGAGUGUGGUGCUGCUGUCCGGUGGAGUCGCAGGAAUGGCCGGCUGGACUGUCGGGACGCCGAUGGACGUGAUUAAAGCUCGUCUUCAGAUGGACAGGAGAUAUCGAGGACUCGUCCACUGCAUCACAGAGACCCUGAGGAACGAGGGCCCCGGGGUUUUCUUCAGGAGUCUGGGGAUAAACUGCUUGCGUGCGUUUCCCGUGAACAUGGUGGUCUUCGCCGUGUACGAGGUCAGUGUCCGUGUGCUCAGGUCCCCGGCUCUGGAUCAGCUCUCAUGAUCACAUUAUGUUCUUACUGUAUUCUCAUGUGCAUCAACAUCAUGCAGAGGA